AAAAGCCAAUGAGUGUACAAAAAUCAGUUUUGCUCGGCAUUAACUACGUCUAGAUUGUGAAUAGGAAAAUUGGAUUUGCCAAAUCCUUUUUCACAUCCGGUUUUGUGGGGUUUGUCUGCAACAACUGAAGUGCAGCCAUGGCUAUGGCUUCAUCACAAUUCUUCUGCGAUCACCAACUUCACCCUUCCUGCAAUUCCAUCAGAAGAACCACCCUCCCUUCAUUUAGACCACAUGGGUCAUCUUCUUUUCGUCCAAAACCCCAAUUUCAGAGGACUCCAUUUCUCAGAGUCAGGGCUUCUGCUGGUAGAAAACAAGUGGAGAUAGUGUAUAAUCCAGAUGAAAGGAUAAACAAUCUAGCAGAUGAAGUGGAUAAGAACGCUGGGCUUUCAAGGCUCACUCUAUUUUCACCUUGCAAGAUUAAUGUUUUCCUGAGAAUAACCGGUAAGAGAGCAGAUGGAUUUCAUGAUUUGGCAUCUCUCUUUCAUGUAAUCAGUUUAGGAGAUAUAAUUAAGUUCUCUUUGUCGCCAUCAAAAACAAAGGAUCGCUUAUCAACCAAUGUGCCAGGGGUCCCCCUUGAUGAAAGUAAUUUGAUCAUAAAGGCACUUAACCUUUACAGGAAAAAAACUGGCACUGAUAACUACUUUUGGGUUCAUCUUGAUAAAAAGGUGCCGACUGGGGCAGGGCUUGGUGGUGGCAGCAGUAAUGCUGCAACAGCACUGUGGGCAGCAAAUCAAUUUAGUGGUUGCCUUGCCACUGAGAAGGAACUCCAACAAUGGUCAAGUGAGAUUGGUUCGGAUAUUCCAUUCUUCUUCUCUAAUGGAGCAGCUUUUUGUACUGGCAGAGAAGUUCGAACUAGAAGUUUGCUCUGGCUUGCUCAGGUUGUUGAAGAUAUUUCCCUGCCAAUACCUUUGGACAUUCCAAUGGUUCUUGUAAAGCCACCGCAGGCAUGCUCCACCGCUGAAGUUUACAAGCACCUUCGGUUGGAUCAAACUAGUAAGGUUGAUCCCAUAACCUUGCUUGAGAAGAUCUCAAAGAACAGAAUAUCUCAAGAUGUUUGUAUAAAUGAUCUAGAACCUCCUGCAUUUGAAGUCCUCCCAUCUCUGAAAAGAUUAAAACAGCGUAUAAUUGCAGCAAGCCGUGGACAAUAUGAUGCUGUUUUCAUGUCUGGGAGUGGAAGCACUAUUGUGGGUAUUGGUUCUCCAGAUCCUCCACAAUUUAUCUAUGAUGAUGAUGAAUAUCAGGAUGUGUUUUUGUCAGAAGCCAGCUUCAUCACUCGUGCAGCCAAUCAAUGGUACACCCAACCGGCUUCAACUGGUGCUUGUUAUAACUCACCAAACCAAUCCAUGGAGUGAUUUAUUCAUAAACGCUGCCCAAGCCAACCUGCCAAUGUUUGCUUAUCCAGUGUUAAUUUUAGAAUAGAGCAGCUGCGCAAAGGACAAGGCAUAAGACCAGACAUGUCUCUAUUUUUCAACCCGAGAGUUAUGAUUAAACCCAAAGCAAUCCAUUUCCUCCUUUACCUGAA